AUGAAAGCUGUUAUGAUGGUACUAGCUCUCACAGCUUCCGUGUCGAAUUUGACAGCAGCUAUUCAAAGCCGUUCGUCCUUUCUUCAAACGACGAAAGAUCGCUAUCUAGUAGGCCAUGUGAUCAGUGAUCAUCGGAAGGUGUCCAGCAUUUCAUCAUGUGCACAACUCUGUCUGAAAAGACGUCCAUCUUGCCGCUCAAUAAACUACGGGGGAGAAGAAGGAGAAAAGAUUUGUGAGUUAAAUGAUAAAGGAUUAGAGAGCGCUAAUGCAGAGUCUUCUUCCUUUGUUUCUAUGCCUGGAUUUGUCUUUGCUCAGCUUCUCAAUUUUGAGUAUCACAAGAGUUGCGACGAAAUCCAGAAAAAGAACCCUGAGGCGAAGAGUGGUUUAUACAAAGUUUACCCUGUGUCAAAUGCUGAUCCUGUUGAGGUAUACUGUGAACUUGACAUUGCUGAAGGUGGCUUCACUUUCCUUCCUCACAGCCUCACUUUAAGAUCAGAUGCUCAACAGAUUAUCGACGCUCUCUUCAAAGACAAGAAAACCGUGUUGUUAAAGUUAUGGAAAAAAGUCGAUGGUAGCGAGUGGUACACUUUGAUUCAGCCCCACCCGAAUUAUGCUGACGUCGAUUUUGGCGUCUUGGUGAACAACUACUCUGGUUACACCGAACCAAACAACGCCUUCAUGCAGAAAUACGUAUUCCUUGGCAUCCUCCCUAAAUCAGUGGCAAAUAAGAAAACAACCCAGGGUUUCAGAUCUAAUGGCAUCAUACUAGAGUUUUGGAACUGCGAUGCCAAUCCCAACAGCCUGUUUGCAUUUAUUCCGAACCAUCAUCACCAAUUACCAUACGGUCAUGGCGGGACGUCAGUGUUUGAAAAUAGCGGAAUCGCAGUAAACUGGCGCUCCCAUGCCAAAGCUGUCACGAAUGGCGGUCCCAAAACGCCAAACGAGUUCUUCUUCUUGACCGAGCUGAAUUUUGGUGGCUGUGGCUGUUACACUUCAAGCGACCGCUGGAAGAAGUUUGGUUAUAAUUCUACUGCCAUUGGACUCCGCUGAUCGAUGUUUUCAUC